AUGGACAUGGAGGACAUCCAGCACGCUGUCCAGGAGCUGGAGAACGCGUGGAAAGAGGUGCAGUGGUCUGAGUAUUUGGAAGGAAUCGCACCAAAGGAUCUGGCCGACAGCGUGGCGCCGCCCGAGGAAGAGCCCACAGACCCCGUGGAGCAGGGCGUGCGCCAUAUUUGGGCCGCCAUGGAGCAGGUUAUGCGCAAGAGCCAGCGCGUGGUCCAGCACAGCGGCCAGGCGAUCUGUAUUGAAGCAAUCUGA